GAGCCGGGGGACAGUAAUGGGCACGCCCCGGCCCGGGGCCUGGGCGCCGGAAGACGCACGGACCGCUACAGUCCAGAAGUGCCACGUUCAAGAUGGGGUCCCAGGUCUCGGUGGACACAGGAGCUGUGCACGUGGUGAUCGUGGGCGGCGGCUUCGGAGGGAUAGCGGCCGCCAGCCAGCUGCAGGCCCUGAAUGUCCCCUUCAUGCUGGUGGACAUGAAGGAUUCCUUCCACCACAAUGUGGCAGCCCUUCGGGCCUCUGUGGAGAGCGGGUUCGCCAGGAAGACAUUCAUUUCUUACUCGGUGACCUUCAAGGACAACUUCCGCCAGGGCAAAGUGAUUGGCAUAGACUUGAAGAACCGGAUGGUGUUGCUACAGGGUGGCGAGGCCUUGCCCUUCUCACACCUCAUUCUGGCCACAGGCAGCACUGGGUCCUUCCCUGGCAAGUUUAACGAGGUGUCCUGCCAGCAGGCAGCCAUCCAGGCCUAUGAGGACAUGGUGAAGCAGAUCCAGCGCUCACAGUUCAUCGUGGUGGUGGGAGGCGGCUCUGCAGGAGUGGAGAUGGCAGCAGAGAUUAAAACCGAGUACCCUGAGAAGGAGGUCACUCUUAUCCACUCCAGAGUACCCCUGGCCGACAAGGAGCUCCUGCCCUGCGUGCGGCAGGAAGUGAAGGAGAUCCUCCUCCGGAAGGGUGUGCAGCUGCUGCUGAGUGAGCGGGUGAGCAACCUGGAGGAGCUGCCUCGCAAUGAGUAUCGGGAGUACAUCAAGGUGGAGACGGACAAGGGCACGGAGGUGGCCACCAACCUGGUGAUUGUGUGCAAUGGAAUCAAGAUCAACAGCUCCGCCUACCGCAGCGCGUUUGAGAGCAGGCUGGCCAGCAACGGUGCCCUGAGAGUGAAUGAGUUCCUCCAGGUGGAAGGUUCCAGCAAUAUUUAUGCCAUUGGCGACUGUGCUGACACCAAGGAGCCCAAGAUGGCCUAUCACGCUGGCCUGCACGCCAACGUUGCGGUGGCCAACAUUGUCAACUCCAUGAAGCAGAGACCCCUCAAAGCCUACAAGCCAGGUGCGCUGACAUUCCUCCUGUCCAUGGGCAGAAAUGACGGCGUGGGCCAGAUCAGUGGCUUCUACGUAGGCCGCCUCAUGGUGCGGCUGGCCAAGAGCAGGGACCUUCUCGUCUCCACAAGCUGGAAAACCAUGCGGCAGUCUCCGCCAUGACAGGGAGGCUGCGUGGGAGUCGAGGUACCGCUCGGAGGGGUGACAGGCUGCCUGACAAAGGACAUCCUUCCGACAGGUGCCAAGGGCGCAGCUCUUCGUCUCGGUCACAGUGUCUGUCAGUCACAUGCUGGCUGGAAAGACAAUUUGGGUCAAGCCGGAAAUGAGAGACAGAGAGUAAAGGGGGGGAGGCAUUAAAAUAGAAAAAACUUAGCCAAGAAGAUUCGUUCCGGGUUUAGGUCUGCAGCUGCGCCAGCUGACGCGUCUCCGGGAGGCAGAGGGAGCGUCCCGUACUUCUGUGUGUUUGCACAUGACAGCAUCAGGCUUUGGGAGGACUGUUCAGAGCUCUUGUUGGGCAGAGCUGGGCUCCUCUAGCCAACACUGCAUCUGUAGUAUAGUAAAGAGAGCCCGCAGCACGAGACCAAGGAGGGGUGCUGGGUGGGAAGCUUGUCUAUCUCACAGUAAGUGGGCUGUUAAUCGGGGCCUCAUUUUACUCUCCCUAACUAGGCUCAGCAUCUGUGCACGCUCUCUGUCUCUGUCUGUCUCUCCUUCCCUCCUGACAACACUUACACAGCCCGAGAGUGCAGAAUCUCUCUCCGGCCCCACUGUGUCUUCCUACACCAUUCAGGUUGGCCUUGAACUCCUGAGCUCAAGUAAUGCCCCUGCCUCAAUCUUUUCUGGUACCUUGGGACCGUCUUUAACCUUCAUGAGCCUUUAGCUCCAUAUUCGGUUGACUGUGUGUACAUUUAGGAAGAAUCAGACAAAAUUUCUCUCUGGCUUACCCAUCUGUUGCUAAAAUCUCUUUGGGAAGCAGAGGGGGAAGGGGGUUUUAAGCCACACCCACUCCUUCUCCUAAGGUCUCAAUGACAGACCAAGGCAGAGUUUUGUCAAACUUUCCUCCAGGGAACCAGGGAGUCCCCAGCUUCCUUACAUGUUACCGGCUUCUCCCACAGCAGGCCAAACUGGAAAGCUUUAGCCGGCAGGGACGAGAGCCUCAUAGGUCCGAGGCGGUAAAGAUGGAGCAGCGCCUCUCUCCCGUGCCUUCACUAUGCCCUAGCCCCUCCUUGAGGCCAGAUGCAGUGUCAUCAAAGCAGAGUUGUGUCCAACAGGAGGCUGGGAGCUGCUGGACACACCGAUGAGUCUCUGUAUCCUCCCCACCACUCCACCAUCAGAGAACAACAGUCAACAAGGCCAGCU